AUGGUCGAUUUAUUCCCGUGCUUUUCAUGUGCUCUUCAGGACAUGUGUGCACUCACCAAAACCGACCUCUCUAUCGCGCAGGAUGACGUCUACCCGAAAGCCCCUUCCAUCAUGUUCUACAAGAUGUUCCUCGACGAGAGCGUUCGCUUCAGCCUCUCCGAGUACGACGCGCUCUCCAUCAUCGAGCCGGACGUGCUCGUCGCCAGCGACAACUCUUUCGAGGAGCUUUACCACGCCGCGUUCCGCGUGAACGAGGAGUUCUGGGUGAAGGGAAGCAACCUCGAGGGCACCUCGUUCCCCUCAAGCGCUGAGGCGUCGGAGAUGUGGCAGGUGCUCGGCCACAUCAACGGCAACGCCAUCUACAACAACGACGACCCGGCGUUCGUCGAGUACGUGGAGUACACUCGGGCCCGCUGGGGAUACGAGCACCCGUACGACGUGGCGCUGUGGAUGACUAUCUCGGACUUCCCGUAUAGCAGGCCUCUCUACCAGCGGUACUCGAGCAAGUUCGUCGUAACCAACCUGGUGGGCAACUACAGCAGGUACACAACGAUGAUUCGCCCGCAACCUGGCGAAGGCAUGAGACCCAAUCCCCCGCCCCUCUACUGGGUCAGCAAUAACAACAGUCCCACCGUUGACUUCUCCAUGCCCGCUCCUUUGCACGUCCGCUACGUCUUCAAGAUCUCGUACGUCGGAGACGAGCACGUGACCCAGGACACAGUCUCCGACGCCGUUGCCGGCAAGACUCUUUUCAUCCACGGCGGUGACGUAGCGGACGUCAUAACCGCCUCCGCCCCGCCCCCGCCCCCCGUUGUUGUCCAAGAAACUGCGCGAAGGAGCCAGCGUCGCCGAAAACUCCAGAAGCGCAGGACGCGCGGGAAUCGGAGGAGGGGGAAUGACGGCGAUGAAACCCUCAAGUGCACGGACGGGUGCAAGUACACGAGCAACGACGGGACCAGGGGACGCGUGUGUGACGCGAACUGCUCGAGGCGUGACGUGCACGGUACCCUCGGAUGCGGCACGAAGGACGGGGCGUACGGGACGGAAUGCCGCGCUUGCUACAACGACGGCGACGAGGCACACAAGCAAGAUACACCGGGGAACCGGGCGAUCAUGUGCUCGACCGUGAUGCCAGUGGACGUCCGCAGCCUUUGGCUAUCCAUCGACAACGAGGACUAUUCUCUUCAAAUCGGGCAAGCGAUGGAAGGAGAGGAUGGCGAGGAGGAAGUGGAGGGCAGCUUCGAGCGUGUAGGCGUCGAUGGUGUCAGGGAGGGUGUUAUCUCCUUUUUCGAGGAGGCGGCCGAACGACCAUUUUUCCAGGACCUGAAGCGCGGCAACCUGUGCGCCUUCGUCGGUGGGCGGGUAGACGAGGAGGCCAUGUGGGAGGUGACGGUGAAGAGCAUCCUGCAGUUCAUGCCGGGCAUGAGGGUGGCCAUCGCGGCUGGGGCGAAGGGACUUGACGCAUACGAGAGGUCCAUGGGCGGUCGCCCCGGUGUCACCAUUUCCAGCACCCAGAAUCCCGCCACGGCGAGCCUGUUCGCCGAUCGGUUCUGCGGGGCCGGCACCGCUCUCAUCUUGUACGUCGAGCCGGGGUCCGUUCUCUCCCGGCCCUUCACCUUCAAGGAUACCCACUCCCCGCGGGGCGACCUCCUGGUCGUGCACGGGGGUGGUCAGGGGAGCUACCGCAACGACGAGCGGAGCCGUCGCUCGGGGUUGGUCCUCGGAUUGGAGGCGCCGUCCUUCACGCGCGGCACCGACCUGAUGCUGCCGGUCGGCGCAAACAAGGACCUCCGGGAGUCGCUGGGAAUGGAAAUGCAGGCAGACAGCGUACGGCGCGACGGCGACGGGGCUGCGGUGACGGCCCUGGCCGAACCGGUGGACUUCGAGGAAGUUUCCUCCGUCCCUCAGGCAAGAAACCGUAUGUUGGCCGCGCUCGCCUAUGCCCGCAACACGCCGGGAGUGUGGUUUGGCGACCCCCAGGUCUGGUCGGGUCAACGCCUCUUUCAGGAGGCGUCCAUCUGGGAUAUUCCCCUGGCCAAGCCCCGCUUCACCUGUGCCAUCGCCCUUACCCUGGAGCCCGAUAGCCUACACGCUGCCACAACUUUGCAAAACAACCUUGACUUCUUCUCCAGAGGGGGGAAAUGCGAAGACGGUUUGAUCGAAUACUCGAGAUGGUUUUGA